CAAGAUGUGCUUAUUGAAGGUCAGACGCAGUAUGGUGCGAACUAUUUUAAGCCAAUUGGGAGGUGUAAGUGUUCGGGCCAGACGAUUUUUUUUGGUUUUGUGUCUUGCUGGUGCCGUGGGUGUUUUUUGUCUCCACAACGCAAUGUUUUCGGUCAAAACUUGGAUGAAGAAGGAUGUGUUGACAUCUGGGACUAUUGUACGUAACAGUCCCAGGUUGACAUCUACUAUAUCCCGCGCAUCGGACGAACCCAGUAAUUCAACGAUAGGUAACGGAGAGUUGUACGACAGUGACAUUUUGUCAACGCGGCCAAUAAAUUAUUUACACAGCUUCAAAAAUCCGUGCUGGCAUGAGCGUUUAAAAUACGGAUCAAAUGUCACAGAAUCUCGUGGAAACUUCCAUUGCCUUCCAUACUUCUUCAUUGCUGGUUUUGCUAAAUGCGCAUCGACCGAUCUGUAUUAUCGGGUCAUCGCGCAUCCGGAAGUAGUACCACCUCGUGGGAAAGAAUGUCACUGGUGGACCAGGGAGAGGUUUGAUCCAAAGUCUUCACUUCGGUCAUUUGAGGAUUACUUGUCGUUUUUGCAACCAGCUACCGAUCAAAUAUUUAUCGAGUCAGAACGACAACAUAACAAGUUUAACAGACUGGUGACAGUUGACGCCAGCGGCUCAACGUUGUGGGAUAACUUCUACUGGAGAGAAAUUCCAGAAAAUGACGCCUCCGCGGAAGAGCCUCGCUUUCGCAACUCACACUGUCUCAAGCACAUCCUUCCUAAAGCCAAAUUUAUUGUUUUGCUGAGAAAUCCUACAGAAAGGAUGUGGUCUGAAUAUCUCUAUCUAUCUCCAAUGUACGGCAAAAAUUUGUCCGCUGUGAACUUCCACGACAGAGCUGUGGAGUCAGUGACGACGUUUAAGUUGUGCCUACAGACUCGCAGUCUGAAUGCUUGUUUGUACGACAAAGAUGUCAUAAAUACGAUGCGAUUGCGCCUUCAUGUGGGCUUGUAUGGCCCCUACAUCCGUCGAUGGUUGCAAGUCUAUCCGCCUGAUCAGUGUCUUUUUCUACAAACCGAGGACUACUCUAAGAAUCUCCGUCAGAGUCUGAAAAGGGUGUUUUCGUUCCUAGAUCUAGUUGAUCUUUCGGAUACAGAAUUGGAUAACAUUGUUUCCAUGACAAACAGGAACCAGAGAUUUCCUGAAUCACAGGAAAUUGGUGACAUGUGGAACGUAACACACCAACUGCUGGAUCAGUUUUAUGAGGCCUCGAACAGAGAAUUGGCUUCCAUACUUCAAGACGACAGAUACCUUUGGAAAAGCAAUUAGCUUAGAGCUCUACCUCUUCAUUAUACUUAGAGGCUUCAUUACUGAAGACAAUGAAGCCUGAUGCUGUCCAAUUUAAACUAAUUUUUUCAUCUGCCUACAUUCACUGGCUGUCAGCCCAAGAAAGCCUUGCGGCAUGUGUCGUCUAUUUACGGAAUGCAUUCGAUCUACACCUCGAGAGCUCUGCACCCAUUGUAUGAACAUGGCUAUACACGACUUGAAAUAUAAGCAUACAAUAAAUAUUUUAAGGUUUGCUUUAUAGCCAUAGUACAUCACCGAAGAUAUUACAGCAGGUAGGGGAGUAUACUUUGUCCAGUUUAAUGAAGUUUUUUUGUUUGUUUGUCAACCUGUCCCAACCGUCUCUGUCCAGAUCACAAGCCUUUUACCAAAUCAAGAGUUCGAAUCUUCUCUGUUUCUUUCGUAACGUUUUCGCAUUAUGGAAAAGACUAUAGCAUAUAGAGUAAAACCGGAUCAUCAACCACAGUAUAAUACUUGGCAAAUGGACACAUGCAACCUGUGAAAUCCGCCCUCUUGUUUGU